AGUUCUUUUCACAGAACUGCAUGAAUAAAUGAAAUAUGCCAACUAACAUUUGGCGAUAAUCGGAGUUGUCAAGCAAGGAGGCAUAACGAAGCUAAAUGACUUUUCUUUAAGAUUUUCGGAGAAAAAAUCCGGAAAAUUUGCUAAAAAUCUGAAAAAAUCCGCAAAUCUGGACCCGAAAUUGACGGAUUUUUAAAUCCGAAAAGAUCUCGUACGCCUUUUCAUGGCCUAUUCAUUUUCUGCUAAAUCUUACAAAGACAGAAAACGACCGGUUAAGAGCUUGAAGAUUGUUUUGCUGCUUUUUUCAGGAUCUGUGUCUUGUAAAAGGUCAAGAGGAAGUAAUAUCUACAUCAAAACAUCUGCUGUUUAUUAGGUUUUAUAAAUCUAAACCUUUUAUAACGCUUAAAUUAUCGCUGUAAUAAUUUGCACUCUAGGAAAACUUUGUCCUUCGUUAAGUAUUCUUGCUGUUACAUUGUGGAAACAAUACAUUGGUUAUUAAUUCAUCCCUAAAAACAUGGUACCAGCAUAUUAUUUUAGUUUUUUUGGUAAAUGCAGUCUUUAGAAAAAAGAUGAAUGAUGGAUAAAAGGUAUCAGAAAUUCAGUCAGAAGCGAGAAUUUAUGUCAUAUCUUCACCUCUCAUUAGAGACUAUAUGAGAUUUUACAGCGCCAGUUGUAGGAGAAGAACAGCAUUCUAUUUCAAUGCCUUUUUUGGGUUUCUCGAGCAGGCAAAACUAUAACCAUAUCACCGAUCUCAGUUGUAUUAGAGAGUUCAGCAGGCUUAUAGCGUAGCAACGGUAGAAAAACAAGACAUGCCUCACAACUGCUUAUACGUUCAGCAGAAUCGAGCAACCUGCUGGACCCACGAUUGGUGUUAUUUACAGCCGACAACUCUGGUAUCCAACGAUAUCAUUGAAUCUAUUCAUGGUGCAUAUUCAGUUCUUAUUAAUUACCAUCCCUUCCUUAGCUUCACGUUUCUAUUGGGAUAUUUCCCGUUUAGAUAAACCAGCUCGUUGCUACGAAAAUAAACAUUUUUCUCAACCGCUACGCUGAGAGCAGGCAAAGCUUUUUCUCAUCGUUAGCUGAAAAUUUUAUCGAAGAAAUUGAAAAAGACCUGUGUCGAGUACAAACCUUGCUUCAGGUCUAGAAAUGUCAACCAUUGAAGAACUUGAAGCAGAAUUGAUCGGUGAAGAAGAACCAAAGAAGAUUGAAGAAGGAGAAACGAAUGGUGGACAGGAUGAAAACGAAAAUGUCGAAGAUGACGAUUUAGAGGAAAUUGGAAAUGGGAACAGUGAAGAAGAGAAUAAAGAUGAAACAAACAGUGAAACAAACAAUAUCGAAGAGGAAGAAAAUGCAAACAACGAAAGCAAAGAAAACAACGAAGUCGAGUCAAUUCAAGAUAGGCCACGCACAAGCAACUCGAGACAGUCUAACAUGGAUGGGGAUGGUCGCCAGUCUGGACAACAAAAUAAAAGCAGAAUGGGCUCAGCAACCAGACCUGUAAGUAGACCAAAGAGCAAUAUCUCAAUGGGGUCUGAUGAGUUGCAAAAGCUUGUUGAUGAAGAGGCGGGAGAACAACAGAAUGGAGAAGAAGAAAGAGAAUUGAAAUCGGUGAAUGGAUCGAGGGCUCUCAGCCGCAGCAGCAUGGAAAGUCCUGCAGGGUGGCGCGAAAGAUCCAAAGUAACGCUUGCAUUUCCACUGGAGAAGCAACACUCCUGUCCUGUUUGUAGGGACGUCUUGCGAUACCCAGUGAAACUAGGAUGUGGUCAUAGACUGUGCUACAGCUGUCAUCAAGAGGUUGCCAGAGUGGAACCACGCUGCCCAGUAGAUCAAUCACAGUUCGAUAAGGGAAAGCCUCCAGUGGACCAGGCUUUCAAUGAGGAAAUCAUGGCAUUGGAUGUAAUUUGCAAUAACCAUGAGUGGGGGUGCACUUGGCAAGGAUCCUUCAGAGAAGUACAGGUUCACAAUGACAAAUGUGACUAUGCUGACAUUCUUUGUGCCAACGAUUGUGGAGCCAAGUUCCAGAGAAGAUUCUUGCAGAAGCAUUUGGAUAAAGACUGCCCAAAAAGAAUCAUUCCUUGCGCAUAUUGUGAUGAAAGGCAUCUUCGAGAAGAAAAACGACAACAUCUUGAGGAAUGCAAAAAAGUGCCACUGCCUUGUCCAAACAAAUGCGACAAAAAGUUGACUAUUCCUCGAGAGAGUUUGGAUGCCCACAUUGAGCAAGAAUGCCCAAGAACAAAGAUCAUGUGUCAGUAUGAGGACAUUGGCUGUACACAUCGAUCCAGUCGUGAGAAGUUGCCAAAGCAUUACAAAACUGGGAUCAUUGAGCACGUGCGUCUAAUCUACGACCUCGUGAUGGAACAGGGUAAGAGACUGGAAUCUCACGACGUCCAGUUGCAAGAUCAUUUAAAUCUCCUUCAAAACCACCAAGAAAGACUAGCUGAUGUAGAACGCAUUUCCCGUAACCAGCUUAUUUGGAGAAUCGAGGACUAUUCCAGAAAGCUGAAAGAAGCGAAAGCAGGUUCUCUGACGACCCUGUUCAGCCCGAGUUUCACUACAAGCAAGCACGGUUAUCGACUGGCAGCAUCUGUUUGCUUGAAUGGAGAUGGAAAGGGCAAAGGAACACACAUGUCAGUUUUUGUUAGUGUUCUUCGAGGUGCAUACGAUGCUCUACUCAAAUGGCCAUUUGAUUUCCGCGUGACAUUUUAUCUACUGGAUCAAACAGAGGAUGCAUCAAAAAGAAAACACCUGAAGUUUAGCAUCAAGCCAAACCCUUGCCAGGAUAACGAACCAUUCUUAGGAAGACCACGAUUGGAGAAAAAUGCUAGCUUUGGAGGAGCAAAGUUUGCCAAGCAAGAAGAUGUUGAAACGAGAGGGUAUAUUAAAGAUGAUACAAUAUUUAUAAAAAUAACCAUUGACUGUGAUGGAAGUAGUGAGCCAUGAAAGUAACUGACUUUCUGUAUAUAAAAAUGAUAUGUAAAAUAAAUUAUUCCAUUUAUAACAUCAGUUGUGAGAGCAUUUAAUUAAACGUACUCAGUUGUGAUAAUCCUGGGACUUUUUGACAUUUUUCAACACCAUUUCACAAGAGUCACAUAAUAACGAUUUUCAGGGGGUAACUUACAAAUAUCAAAAACACAAAUAUAGUGGUUCUACCCUUUAGUUCCGACCCUAACUGUCAUAUGAUAUAAGCCAAAUUCCUCUCUAAUUAGGCUGAAACUGACUAAACAACUGAUUACGCCCCUUGAAAAGACAGUCUUUGUAUACCGUAAAGGGACAAGUUAAGACAGCUAUAUUAACCGAUGUAAAAUCAAACUGCCAAUUCCAUAUUUUAGGCCUAUUCUAAAGUAAAGAUAUGAUUCUGAUAUUGUUUCCAAUGGGUGAAAGAAGGGGCAGAUUUUCUGAACGAUUUAAAUUAAGGUGCUAAAACAUAUAGAAUGAGAUUAUCGAGCUGAUACGCAAUCUCCAGAAUUGAUAUCCAGAUUUCAUUUAGGGUAUUUAGUUUAGAAGUUGCUCAAAUUCAUCAUCAUUAGCAAUUGGUCUAUUAGCUUGACAGAUAAGAAAUUUGACUUCACUAUUGAAUCAGUAACAGCACGACUGGUUGUGUUAAUGUUUUAGUGUUAGUAGUUCCUCUCUGAACAUGGUAAUAUUGUAGAUAAAAGUAGACUAACAGACUUGUAAAAAAGUCUUCAUUUUAAAUUAUAUCAUUUACCAUGUGCACGUAACAUUAGAAAAAUAUUGAACAAAAUCGUAACACAUAAUUUUGUGUCUUUUUUCAAUUCUUCGAAGUAUAAUGGACUUGGACACAGACGUCAGCAGAAUGAACUUCAUUGGUUUCAAUGAUUUCUUUGUAAAAGUAAAAAUAUUAAUUAUUUAAUAUUUAUAAAUCAUUUCAAGAUUCUGUGACUCGUUAGCCAAUCGAGAAAUUGAGCAGGUGCAAUGUUAAUAAGCAAGAGAAGACCCUGUAAAAUAUAGAGACUUCUUGUUGGUUGACAGUGGGUCUUUAAGGAUAUAGCCUACCCCUAUCUAAUACAUUUUUAAUGGGUUUUUCAACGUGCUGACUGGUGGGACAGUUGGCCCGGUGGAACCAGCAGUGAAGAAAAAGUUAGUACUAUUACCGCAACCAGUUGACCAAUUAACUGCUCAGCAGAAGAGGCCGAUGCCAAGUAUGGGCAAUGGUGCAUCUUCAUCCAAUCCUGGUUGCUGUUGUUGCAAAGUUAAUCAAUCAUUUUGAGAUUAACUUGCUUUGAACAUCUAAGAAUUCUCUCCAGGUACAAAGGAGAGUAGUUAAAUGGAAUAACAGCGUUUAUUACAUGAAUGCCAUGUCAGUUAUAUGAAUUAGAAGUUAAAAACAUUGCAGCCAGUGGUUGGCUUUUAACUUCUAACAUAAUUCGUGCAGACGGCAAAGAAGGUUGCGUUGUAGGUCAUUUAAAAAACAGUACAUAAAAAACGGAAAACUAUAAAGCAAAAAGUUUUAUGUCAGGCAACUACCCUUAGGAAACUGUGACAAAGAAAUGCAAAACAGCGACCUUGAAUUUCUUAAUUAAUCCUGCAAUGGAUGCAGAUAACGAUACACAGGAUAAAUCAAUAAGUGCUAGGAGUUGUCCUUCAAGAGCAGAGUAACCGCACUCUCCCGGAACGCUUAAUUCCUCGACGCCCCACUUGUUUUGACGCUUGAUGGUCUGGAACCCAGUGAACCAUUUGGUUUGUUUCUGUAGUAAAGAAGGAUAAAGCUUCAAUUUUGUACCAUAUACUUCACCUGCCUCGUUUGACUAUUACCGAGGUCUAGUUACAAAUGGAGAGAUGCAAUAGUUAAAAAGAAAGCUGGAAGUAAAGCCCAUAGCUGAUUGUUUAAAGGACUGUCUUUGCUAUUCAGUCCAGAUUGACUGAAUAACUGACACGAUACAAAUAGACUCGAUUUUAUAACUGUCAUGUGAUGAGUCAAAACUUUAUUUUUAUGGGUAUUGAAUGAUUUCGUUGCUUAUAAGAUUAUUUCCUGUCAUGGCAACGUAGGUUUUAAAAGUUUUUCGGGGUAAUCACUAAUAGAGAAUCUCUCAGUGGUUGCUUAUGGUCGCAAACUACAGUUUCAAAGGUUUAGUGUUCGAGUCCUUGACAUGGCCAAACUUUCACCCAGAUUGCGUGGAUUAGCCAGCUCACUGCAAUUCCGUGCGUAGAAAUUACAAUGCGUAGCGUGUUACAUUAAGGGAGGACUAGAGGAGAACAAUGCUUGUAGCUUGUCAGUGUCCUAAAAAAACCACUCUCGGAUGCUGGGUAAAAAAGAACACAAAUACAAAAGUAUAGAAAGAAGGCUAACACAAGAAAAAUGAAGUUUUGUAGCGGUACCAUAAAGUUUAAUUGGGUAGAGAUGUCUUUACAAUCUGUUGUCAAAUGUCAUUGCUCAGAUUUAGCACUGGAGUUAGUUUUUAGUGAAACGAGAAAUCUGCAUUGUUGUGUGAUUACUCGAUGCUGUUUGUGGGGAGCCAAAGAAAAAACUAUCAGGGAUAUGAUAUACCGUGAUUGAACAAUCAAGACUUUUUUGACUCAAAUACAGCCUAAAAUUUGCAUCCAUUUAUACAAAAAUUAAUUUUUAAAGGCAUUGAGUCAUGAUAUAAUGGAUUGGGUAUACCCUAAGUGCAAAAUCCGCUGAGUCAUGAUUUUCAUGACUGCGAUGCUAUUGGUUGACCUGGAACUGGUCACAUAAACUCACCUCGUACUGAUUGACAAAACAAUUUCCAUCAAUAGCAAGUUGUCAACAGCGGAUGCAAAUAUCACAUGAAAUAGCAGCGAUCACGCCGAAACCAAAUGACCCCCUAUAGAGAAGGCCUAUUUACCAUGACUCAAUGCCUUUAA